AUGAAGCUUCUUUCGAUUCUGCUCUCCAUCCUCACAGGCAUCUUCUCGAUCUUCUUGUUCAGAAGCAACUUUCCAGACACUUUCAACACAACUCUCAACCACAUUCAUAGCUUGGUCCAAUCGCUCGUGAACAACAGCACCAGCAACAUCAGCAACACCAGCAACACGACCACCUCCACCCACAACAUCACUUCUUUCUACAACACCGCCGACACUCCCCUUCCCUCCACAAUGACUUUCCCGCGUCACAUCCGCAAGGUCUUCGUCGCUCUCGAGCAGGCAGAGGGUGCCGGUGCCCGCGUCCGCCGGUCCAUUGGCACGCCGGCGCUCCGCAACUUCUCGCCCUUCCUGAUGCUUGACCACUUCUCGAUCAAGCCCGGCGCAGGCUUCCCCGACCACCCGCACCGCGGCCAGGAGACCAUUACCUACCUGCUGAACGGCGGCGUCGACCACGAGGACUUUGCCGGCAACAAGGGCACCAUCAACUCGGGCGACCUGCAGUUCAUGACCGCCGGCAGGGGCAUCAUGCACGCCGAGAUGCCGCGGCAGAACCCGGACGGAUCGGCCAACGUCGGCCUGCAGCUCUGGGUCGACCUGCCCCAGAACCUCAAGAACUGCGAGCCGCGGUACCGCGACUUGCGGGCCGCCGAGAUCCCCACCGUGGACGUCGACGACAACAAGGUGCACAUCAAGGUGAUCUCGGGCGAGAGCCACGGCAUCAACAGCGUCAAGGACCUGGCGUACACGCCCGUAUGGAUCCUGGACCUGACCGUCCAGCCGGGCGGCAAGGUCGCGCAGCCGCUGCCGGCCAACUGGAACGCCUUUGCCUACAUCCUCGAGGGCAGCGCCACCAUCUCCAACGGCGAGGAGGCGCCCACCAAGGUCGAGCAGUACAGCAACGUGGUGUUUGGCCCCGAGGGCGACGGCGUCACCGUGAGCGUGGACGCGUCGGCCACAGAGCCCGCGCGGCUGGUGCUCGUGGCCGGCACGCCGCUGGACCAGCCCAUUGUGCAGUACGGCCCCUUUGUGGUCAACUCCAAGGAGGAGGUCUACAAGGCGCUGAUGGACUACCAGACGCACACCAACGGCUUUGAGCGGGCCGAGGGCUGGCAGAGCGAGAUUGGCAAGUCCAUGGCGCACUGA